AUGGAGCACUCAAGCGAAGACUCGGUGCCGCUGCCCUAUACUCCUCGUCGAGAGGCCGCCGGAUUGCUGUCAGACGAAGACUCUCCCUUGACCCAGGACUCGCCAUGUAACACCAGCGCAGCCAGUAGUUUCGAGAUCCUCGACUGGGACUCUAGCAGUAGCACCUACAGCCAAGAUGGAUGCUCAGACGAUGAGCCUGACUGGACUCUACUUUCCCAAAAGCGCUUCUCUCAGCCCGUACACCAACCUCCUCCACUCUUCAGUCCCAAACUAGGCUCGAAGCCCUUCGAGCCACCAUCGAUACCACCAAAGUCCCCGGAACGCUUCAGGAAGUCGAUGCGACAGUACAUGGAAGCCAAGUACGCCGAGAGCGAGCUCAAAGAGGUCUCACACAUUAUUUCAUACCUGACCAUAAAGGACCUCGCGACCUGCCUGAUGGUGAGCCAUUCGUGGUACAAGAUCAUCUGGAAGUCAGAGACCGCCCGAAAGAAGGCAUGGUUUGGACCCCGGCAACUUCCUUUCGACGUCGAAGAACGCCUUAUGGCAGGAGUAAAGCCCAUUUCGGACACGAACGACUUCCACCUCAAUCCGAUUCUGGCAGUUGAUGCACUCGAUUUCGACAAAGCACUCCUGCCUUUCAGCUUGACCGAAUGCGAGCUCGAUGAGGGGCGAGACAUUAGGAUCUUGAAAGUCAUGAUUCCUGUGUCGGCUUUUCUUCUACGCAACCAGGUGAAGUGGCGAGGUCUCAGAGUCGCUUGGUCGUCUCGGGAUUUCUAUGAGGUGGAGGUUUCAAUCUACGCAGAAUUCAUGCAACCACUGACCUUGAAGAGCCGGCUUCAGUACGACAAUACCAAGCCUGUGAGCGCCUUGCUGACUGAUGCCGUGAAUGGGUGGCGAAACUUGAUGCCAGAGCUGUUGCUCGCUGAGCCCUGGGAGGAAUGGAAGCGAAACUCAAGCUCGUUUCGGGCUUCGCUGUCGCAUGUCCACAUUGAACGCCUCGUAGCGACGGAGAGGGCGAGACUGGACGCAUUUGAGGAGCAGCAUGGCGAAAUUGAGCUUCAGCACUGGUUAGACGGCUGGCGGACGAUUGAGAAGUCACCAAAAGUUGUUUGCCAGCGUGCGAAGCCUCCGAGAAAGCAGCCCUUGCGGCCAAAGGCGCGGCCCACCAAGUUGCCCAUCCACCACAAGUCAACACUCUGGAAGAAGCUCUCGGACUCGAAGUCCUUCCGGCCCAAACCAAAGCCCUCCACAGUGUCAAGCCAGAGCAUGGUGUCCCAGAUCCAGACCUCAUGCAGCCUUCAGCAGUCGUCGCAGAAGCUAGCACAGACUCCUCAGAAGUAUGGCCUGUCGAUGCUUCCAAUGCCGAGCAGCAAGCUUGGCCGCUCCAUUACAGGCAGACGCAAAGCAGUGAGCUGGGAGCAAGCUUCAAAGAACACAGACCAGCGCACUCAUGAGGCAAUGGAGUUGGCGGUGCUGUAUGGUCUCUCGGCGAAGAUGAGGAGAAGUAUGCCGCAAUUGAUCUAA